GUUCGCCGCAUUGUGGUUUAUUUCGGUUUUUAUGAGUGACGCGGGGCUUGCGAAAGGGGGAUCAGGACUAAAAAACAAACUAAAAGUUAACUGGCUUCUCCUGUAGGAAACACCGAGCACUGCGGCGCGGCUGGGCUUCAGCAGGCGGCGGGAUGGAGGUGGCUGUGCCGGCCGGUAACGGCGCGGCCGGGCCUGAAGAGGAAGGAGGAGGAGGAGGAGGAGGAGAUGAUGGUGGUGGUGGUGGUGGUGGUGCUGCUGCUGCUGGUGGCGAAGGAGGAGGAGGAGGCGGCACCGGGGGGGACCCCACACCUGGCCCCGACGUGUACGGGUACACCAAGGGAGAGCUGUUCACCUCUGAGAUCUAUAAAGUGGAAAUACAGAACCUGCCGAAAUACAUUGGCUUCAACGACGUGAAAAAGUUCCUCGCCAAGUAUGGGCUUAGCCCCCACAAGAUCAAACUCUUCGGGCGGCAGACGUUUGCCUUCGUGACGUUCAAGAGCGAGGACGAGCGGGACAAGGCCGCACGGGCACUGCAUGGGGUGCUGUGGAAGGGCCGGGUGCUCAGCGUCAGGUUGGCCAAGCCCAAGGCCGACCCCAUGGCGAAGAAGAGGAAGAAGGCCGAGGGGAGUGAGGCAGGGGAGGCAAAGCGGCCGGCCCCGUCGGCGGCUGGCCCCGAGGAGCCUCUCAGUAAGCAGAUAGCCGAUGUGGUGACUCCGCUGUGGAGCGUGCCCUACGCCGAGCAGCUGGCCAGAAAGAAGCAAGAAUGCGAGCAAGUGCUGCAGAAGCUGGCAAAGGAAAUAGGAAAUAACAACAGAGCGUUAUUACCUUGGCUGUUCCUGCAGAAGCAGAAGUAUAAUAAAAUGUGUUGCCCGGUAGAGGGAGUGAAAGCAUCACCGUUACAGACCGAAUAUCGCAACAAAUGUGAGUUCUUGAUUGGGAUUGGUGUAAAUCAGGAAGACAAAACUGUGGGUUGUCGUCUUGGCAAAUAUAAGGGUGGUACGUGCGCUGUAGUGGAGCCAUUUGAUACUAUUCACAUUCCUGCUAUUGCCAAAAAAGUAGUAAAAGCAUUUCAAGACUACAUAAGGUCAACUCCUUACUCAGUUUACAGCCCAGAAACCUAUGAAGGUCACUGGAAACAGCUCACAGUCCGUACCAGCAGGAAUGGCCACAUUAUGGCAAUUGUUUAUUUUAAUCCUCAGAAAUUAAGUAAAGAAGAGCUAGCUGACCUAAAAGUCUCUCUGGCAAAAUACUUCACUGAAGGGACGGGAAGGGACAGUGGCAUUACUUCUCUGUACUUUGUGGAGGAAGGCCAAAGGAAAUCUCCCAAUCUAGAAGACUUGCCUUUGGAGCAUGUGGCUGGUGAUAAGUACAUAUAUGAAGAACUUCUUGGCCUAAAAUUUAGAAUUUCUCCUCAUGCAUUUUUUCAAGUAAAUACACAGGCUGCAGAAGUUUUGUAUACUGCCAUUAGGGAGUGGGCACAACUGAGCCAAGAGAGCACAGUACUUGACAUUUGCUGUGGUACAGGAACUAUUGGGAUUUCUUUAGCCAAGAAAGUAAAGAAAGUGAUUGGAAUUGAACUCUGCCAAGAAGCUGUGCAGGAUGCCAAAGCGAACGCCCAGAUAAAUGAACUGAAUAACAUCGAAUUUCAUUGUGGGAAGGCUGAAGAUAUUGUUCCUUCCUUAAUUAACAUAUUAGCUCCCCAGAACCUAAUUACCAUUGUAGAUCCGCCACGAGCAGGACUGCAUUCCAAGGUAAUCCUUGCAAUUAGAAGAGCUGAACAGCUGAAGAAGCUUAUCUAUGUAUCCUGUAAUCCCAGAGCUGCAAUGAAUAACUUCAUAGAUCUUUGCCGGGCCCCUUCCAACCGAGUCAAAGGAGCCUCUUUCCGUCCUGUUAAAGCGAUGGCUGUGGAUCUCUUCCCUCAGACCAGGCACUGUGAGUUACUGAUAUUCUUUGAAAGGGUUGAAUAUGCAAACGGAAGCUCCGCAGAAACAAAGCCUGAUGAUACUCAAGUCACAACAGCAGGAUGUGAUUCAGAGUGCUUGGACAGUACCAACCCAUCUAAUGUUGAUGCAAGCCAGACAACUUCUAUGGAUACAUGCAUGGAUACAACAUCCAAAGAGAGGGAAUCAACUCAAGUCCUGUGAGAUACCUACCAGAAACUGCUUUUGCUUGUUAACUGCUUCAAUAACAUUGUUGCUGUAACACCUAGGUAAUAAAUCUCUACAACAGA